AUGGCAGCAGUGAAAGAACGGACACUCUGUCACAGUUGCCCAGUACCACAUGGCUACACCCCAACAAUCACUGUCAUUCACGAAGUAAGGCAUGGGGACAUCAAUGCCCAUCUUAAAGGAGAAAACUCAGACACACAGCUUGAAUUAGUAUCCUACAAGGAACUUCCUCCUCCAACUACACUGCUUCCACACCCCAAUUCAGUGCAGUACCACCAGUGUGUAAAUACAACACAAACCUCAAGCUUCAGAGGGUACCAGUAUCUUCUCAAAACAAUGACUGUGUCCCACAUGAAGUCUUCUGUUUCUACUGCACCAAGAGUAUAUGCACACACCGCUGCAACACCUCCAACUGAUAGCUCUACUACUAUACGCACCUCAACCCCAUCCAAUGGCGCACAGGCCUCAGCAGCCCCUCCUACUUCAGCCACACAAUUUAACCCUCAGCCUCAUACUCAAAACCAAACCCAAGACCCCAGUGCAAGCCCAGUUGUCUCAGUCCAUAACUUCAAAGCUCCUUCUUCACAACCUCAGACCGUCCCCUCUUCCCAGACAUUACCCCAUGUAAAAUCACAUGCUGCCCCAGCGUACAGAUGGGUCCAUCUACACAGUCUUCACACACCUUUACAAGUAAUAUCAACUCCUCAACCUCAGAUAACAACAGCUACUCAGUCUCACAUGACUCCAUCUGUACAAACAAUUCAGCACAGUCACACCAUGUUUUACACACCUCCAACAGAACAGCAGCAGAUAAAACCAGGCUGUACCCAAUGCCAACCCAAAAAGGCACUAGGGCUCCUACCACUGUUCCCCUUGCUGUGA